AUGUCUCGUAGAACGUUUUUUAAUCGACAUCGGCGUACGGGAAGCCUGUACAAGUUGAAUGCUAAAAGGCUGAACCGACUGAGCAACUUUGAUGAAUCCUCUGAUGAUGUUGAUACUAUUGACGAUGGAGCAGGAUUCAGUGCGUGGAAUGCUCCUUCAGCAAAUUUACAAUCAUCCGGCGAGGAGGCGAAUUCCGAGGAUCCUGAGGAAGCAACAGCUCGGCACGGAAAAUAUGGGGACAUGUCGCUGAAAGAAUGUCUUCGAUACUGUGCUUUGGUGAAAGGGAUCCCUCAUGAAACCAUGAAUUUAAUUCUGGACGUUCUCCGAGAAAAAACUCCUUAUAAUUUACCUAAGGACGCUCGGACACUAUUAAAAACGAGCCGAACAGCUGCAUCAAACAUCAUCAACGUUGAAGGAGGGUUGUAUUGGUACAAAGGCGUAAAACAGUGCCUUUUAAAUCGUUUCCGCAAUACGACUUUACCGGCAGAGUUGUCGCUCAACGUAUCAAUCGAUGGGUUGCCGCUGCAUAAUAGUAGCCCAGCUACAUUUUGGCCUAUACUGAUUUCCGUACAUGAAAUGCCCUUGGCUCCUCCAAUGACGGUGGCUAUCUUCCACGGGAUAACAAAGCCCCCUAGUAUCGAGGAGUUCUUGCGACCUUUUGUGACCGAGCUAAACGAAUUAGAGGAAUUUGGAUUGACUAUCAAUAAUAUGCAGCACGAAAUCAAAGUUCGGGCUGUAAUAGCAGAUGCCCCGGCAAGGGCGUUUUUGAAAGGUAUAUUUAAUAUAAAAAAUGGUUGAUGGUAAUUUAGCCUCUUUAAUACAUACAUUUUUUUUCCAAUGUUAAAUUAAUUCUUUUCCAGAUGUUGCUAACUUUAAUGCCAAGCAUGGAUGCUUGAAGUGCACCUGUGUCGGUGAGCAUAAUUCUAGCUCGCGUACGGUUGUCUUCACUGA